GGAUGAUAGAAUGGUUGGGUUGGAAGGGUCCUUGAAGACCAUAGAACCACAAAAUGAUAGAAUGGUUGGGUUGGGAGGGUUCUUGCAGACCAUAGAACCACAAAAUGAUAGAAUGGUUGUGGUGGUAGGGUCCCUAAAGACCGUAGACCCUCGGAGUGAUAGAGUGGUUGGGUUGGAAGGGUCCUUGAAGACCACAGAAGAACCACAUAAUGGUUGGGUUGGGGGGGACCUCAGAGCCCACCCAACCCCACACCCUGCUGUGGGUGGGCACCUCCAGGCCAUGAAACUCAAGGAGGCUCCCGCUCCGUGUCCUGACUCAAACUCUUUUGAUUUUUUUCCUCCGUUUUCAGCCCAGAACCUGACGACGUGCGAGGUGUGCGGCGCCUGCUUCGAGACGCGCAAAGGGCUCUCCAGCCACGCGCGCUCCCACCUGCGGCAGCUCGGCGUGGCCGAGUCGGAGAGCAGCGGGGCCCCCAUCGAUUUGCUCUACGAACUGAUGAAGCAGAAGGGCAAACCCGAUGGGCACCCCAUGUCUCCUCCCACCCUCGGCAAAAAAUCCGCUUCUCCCAAGGACGGCAUUGCCGGUUCCCCGCGUCCCGCGCUGCUCGCGCUCGGCAAAGGCGGCGAGCGCCCGCUGGAUGGCCCCAUCAACAAAGCCAUCAAAUCCCCGCCAGGAUUCUCCAAGAGCCUCUCGCAGCCCGGUUCUCCCAUCCUCAAGAAGGUGCCCCCCGCGCUCUCCGGGUCCCCCUCUCCGAAAAACCCCGAGGAGAAGAGCUCGAAGCUGUCGCUGAGCCCUCUGCAGAACUCCCCGAAGGCGCAGUGGCCUCAGGCGGAUGAGGAAGGACCUCUCAAUUUGAGGUUUCUCCCAGCUCUCCUUAGGGCUGUGGGGCUGUAGAACCUGCUCCAUCUUGUCCUGAACAAAACGUUCUGUGCCCGUGAUGCCGGGUGGCAGAUGGGGACAGCCUCCGUGGCUGCGUUGUGCAGUCACUGAACUGUAGGGAUUGGAUGGAACCUCUGGAGAUCAUCGAGUCCAACCCCCCUGCGAAAGCAGGUUCCCAAGUUGAGCAGGAAAGCAUCCAGGCGGGUCUUGAAUAUCUCUUGAAUAUGCUCCGUCACCCUGGCCGUAAAGAAGUUCUUCAGCCCUGCUCCCUGUGAGUCCCAUGGAGGAUUGAUUUUGUUGGGCACAGCGCUUUGGGUUCAAUCCUGUUCCCUUUGAGUCCCAUUGAGGAUUGAUUUUGUUGGGCACAGCUUUGGGUUCAGUCCUGUUCCCUUUGAGUCCCAUUGAGGAUUGAUUUCUUUGGGCACAGCACUCUGGGUUCAAUCCUGUUCCCUUUGAGUCCCAUGGAGGAUUGAUUUUGUUGGGCACAGCUUUGGGUUCAGUCCUGUUCCCUUCGAGUCCCAUUGAGGAUUGAUUUUGUUGGGCACAGCUUUGGGUUCCCUUCGAGUCCCAUUGAGGAUUGAUUUUGUUGGGCA